CUCCUCUCUCUUCCCUCCAUCCUGGAGAACAGAAUCUGCACGGUGCUUUUUGUAAAGUUCUUUAAGGGCCUAUCCUAGCCAAAAUGAAUCCCAGAGAAGAAAAAGUAAAGAUAAUUACAGAGGAGUUCACUGAAAAUGAGGAGGAUGCAGACCUGGGAAGGCAGAAGAAGAAUUCAAAGGCCCAAAGACGACAAAGAAAGAAACAGCCUCCAACCACCGACCCUGAGGAAAUGGUAUCUGAAAAAUCUCACAACGGCUCCCAGCAGGAGCCUGCACAGGAAGAGCCCGAGACGCAUCUUCUGGGCAUGACAGCCAAGCGGGGCCCUCGAAGCUUACCUCCAAUUCCUUCAGCUUCCAGAACAGGCUUUGCAGAAUUUUCCAUGAGAGAACGCAUGCGGGAGAAGCUUCAGGCCGCCAGGUCCAAGGCAGAAAGUGCGUUGUUGCAGGAAAUACCUAUCCCCAAACCCAGGCGCCUGCGAAGCCCCAGUUCCAGGGAGUUGGAGACGGAAUUUGGCACCGAGCCAGGUAAAGAGGUGCAAGGGACACAACAAGAAGAUUCCCAGAGUUAUUCAAGAGUAAAGUUCCGUGAUCCUGUACGAAAGACCAAGUCUAAAACCCAGGCUCCGCCUGGCUUCCCUUCUGCAGAAGAGGCCUAUAACUUCUUUACAUUCAACUUUGAUCCUGAACCAGAAGAACUAGAGGAAAAAAAACAAAUAAAAGGUAGAGAUGGAAAUGACCAAGAGGAGGAGUCAGGGGAAGAGGAGCUGCCUGCCCAGGGAGAUGAAGAAGAGCUUCUAAGUGAUCAGGGUGCUGAAGACUUCUUGUUGGGCUUAGACGGUGCAGUCCACGAUUUUGUGGCUGUCAGACCUGCAGAGUAUGAAAGUGCUCAUGUUUGGCUACAGAAGGAAAAAGAAAUCCUCUUUAUCCCUGGUAGACAAACAGUGCCGACCUAUAAAAAGCUUCCUGACAAUGUGCAGCCCAGAUACCUGGAAGACGAAGGCCUUUACAUCGGAGCCAGACCGGAAGUGGCCCGCACCAAUCAGAACAUCAUGGAGAACAGACUGCUGAGGCAAGAACCAGAGAGGAAGUGGUUUGGAGAUGAUGGCCGGAUCCUGGCCCUGCCCAGUCCCAUCAAGCCAUUUCCCUCGCGGCCCCCACUGUUCACCCCAGCACAAUGCAUCAAGGCAGAACUUGAAACACUAUAUAAAAAGGCAGUGAAAUAUGUCCACAGUAGUCAGCAUAUGAUUGGCUCUGGAGACCCUCCUGGAAAUUUCCAACUGGACAUUGACAUUUCUGGGCUCAUCUUCACUCACCAUCCUUGUUUUAGCCGAGAACAUGUUUUGGCAUCCAAGCUGGCACAGUUAUACGACCAGUACCUUGCAAGGCACCAGAGAAACAAGGCAAAAUUUCUUACUGAUAAGCUCCAAGCUCUGAGAAAUGCUGUUCAGACUGGCCUCGAUCCAGAAAAGCUCCAUCAGCCACUUGAUACAACCCAAAAAACCAUCAAUGAAUAUAAAUCUGAAAUUCGACAAACAAGAAAACUGCGUGAUGCUGAGCAAGAAAGAGAUCGAACACUGCUGAAGACCAUCAUAAAAGUGUGGAAAGAGAUGAAAUCCCUUCGAGAAUUCCAGAGGUUUACGAAUACACCCCUGAAACUUGUUUUGAAAAAGGAAAAAGUUGACAAGAAAGCAGAUGAGGAAGUAUAUGAAGCAGAAAUUCAAGCUGAAAUAAGAGAAUUGGUGGAGGAACACACAGAAGCAUAUGAACAGAAGAUGGAAGAGUAUAGAACUUCCCACCAGCAAUGGAAAGCUUGGAAGAAAGCCCAAAGGGCCAAGAAGAAGAAGAAGAAGCAAGCAGCAGAAGAGGAUCUGGAUGAAGAGACUGAGGAGCUCCCUGCUGAGGAAGGCCCUGUGAAGCCCAUCCCUCCAGAGCCCACCGACCCAGCAGCCAUCGAGCAGCGGGUGAGGGAGCGAGCAGCCCACAGCAGGAGGCGGCCAGGGGAGCCCAUGCUGGUCCCAGAGCUGAGCCUGGCAGGGAGUGUGACGCCCAAUGACCAGUGUCCCAGGGUGGAGGUCUUGCGAAGGGAUGAUGUCAAGAGGCGCUCGGUGUAUUUAAAAGUCCUCUUCAACAGCAAGGAGGUAUCCAGAACGGUGAGCCGGCAACUAGGACCAGACUUCCGAGUUCACUUUGGACAGAUUUUCAACUUGCAAAUAUUCAACUGGCCAGAGAGUUUAACACUUCAGGUCUAUGAAACUGUUGGAUACAGUAGUACCAGCUUGCUAGCUGAGGUGUUUCUGCCUAUUCCUGAGACUACUGUUGUGACUGGAAGAGCUCCCAUGGAGGAAGUGGAGUUCAGCAGUAACCAGCACGUGACCCUGGACCAUGAAGGAGUUGGAAGUGGAGUGCCCUUCUCCUUUGAAGCUGAUGGCAGCAAUCAGAUGGUUCUAAUGACCUCGGGGAAGGUGUCCCACAGUGUGGCAUGGGCCAUCGGAGAGAAUGGAAUACCUUUAAUCCCUCCACUGUCACAUCAGAACAUUGGAUGUCGGAGUGGUUUGAAGAGAGCAGACGCCAUCUCAUCCAUUGGCACAUCCGGACUGACAGACAUGAAGAAGUUAGCCAAGUGGGCAGCAGAGUCCAAGCUUGACCCUAACGACCCCAGCAAUGCCCCUUUGAUGCAACUCAUUUCGGUUGCUACCAGUGGAGAAUCCUAUGUCCCUGAUUUCUUUCGACUGGAACAGUUGCAACAGGAAUUUAAUUUCAUCUCAGAUGAGGAAUUAAACAGAUCCAAGAGAUUCAGGCUUCUUCAUCUUAGAAACCAAGAAGUACCAGAAUUCCGAAAUUACAAGCAAAUUCCAGCAUAUGACCGAGAAAUUAUGGAAAAGAUAUUCCAGGACUAUGAGAAGCGGUUACGAGACAGAAAUGUGAUUGAAACCAAAGACCACGUCGACACCCAUAGGGCUAUGGUAGCCAAGUACCUCCAGCAGGUUAGGGAGUCUGUGGUGAACCGCUUCCUCAUCGCAAAGCACCAUUUUCUCCUUACUGACUUGGUAGUAGAAGAAGAAGUUCCUAAUAUCAGCAUUUUGGGCACGAGCCUUUUCAAGCUGGCAGAACAAAAGCGACCACUGAGGCCAAGGAGAAAAGGUCGGAAGAAGGUGACAGCCCAGAACCUGUCUGAUGGGGACAUAAAACUGCUGGUGAACAUUGUCCGGGCUUACGACAUUCCAGUGAGAAAGCCAACGGCCAGCAAGUUCCAGCAGCCACCAAGAUCUUCGAGGACUUUCAGUGAAAAGCAUGUUACAUCCCCUAGCCCACACAGCCCGACACCCAGCGCUGACUUCCCCCUGAGCCAGGUGUUAGUACGUCCCUUUGUAGAAGUUUCUUUCCAACGAACAAUUUGUCACACAACCACAGCUGAAGGACCAAAUCCUAGUUGGAAUGAAGAACUUGAACUUCCAUUUAGGGCUCCUAAUGGGGAUUACAGCACCGCCAGUCUACAGUCAGUGAAAGACGAUGUAUACAUCAACAUUUUCGAUGAAGUAGUGUAUGACAUCUUAGAGGAUGACCGUGAAAGAGGAAGUGGAAUCCAUACCCGUAUCGAGAGACACUGGUUAGGAUGUGUGAAGAUUCCAUUUAGCACCAUCUAUUUCCAAGCAAGGGUUGAUGGCACAUUUAAAAUAGACAUUCCUCCAGUUCUCCUGGGCUACAGCAAAGAGAGAAACAUGUUCAUGGAGAGAGGCUUUGAUGCUAUCCGCAGCCUGAGUGAUGGCUCCUACAUCACCCUGUUCAUUACUAUUGAGCCCCAGCUGGUCCCAGGAGAGUCAGUUCGAGAAAAGUUUGAGUCUCAGGAAGAUGAGAAAUUACUUCAAGCAACAGAAAAAUUUCAAGCUGAAUGUGCCUUGAAGUUUCCAAAUCGUCGAUGCCUUACGACAGUAAUUGACAUAAGUGGAAAAACGGUUUUUAUUACACGUUAUCUCAAACCUUUAAACCCUCCCCAGGAGCUCCUGAACUUCUACCCCGAUAAUCAACAGGCAACUGCAGAACUGGUGGCUCGAUACGUGUCCUUGAUUCCUUUCUUGCCUGACACUGUUUCAUUUGCUGGUGUCUGUGACCUAUGGAGCACCUCUGACCAAUUUCUUGAUCUCCUGGCAGGAGAUGAAGAAGAGCAUGCGGUAUUGCUGUGCAAUUACUUUCUGUGGUUGGGUAAGAAGGCCUGGCUACUGAUGGGCAGUGCUAUCCCUGAGGGUCCAACAGCCUAUGUGCUAACUUGGGAGAAAAAUCACUAUUUAAUAUGGAAUCCCUGCAGUGGACAUUUUUAUGGGCAAUUUGAUACAUUCUGUCCCUUGAAAAGUGUGGGCUGUUUAAUUGGCCCAGAUAAUGUUUGGUUUAACAUUCAACAGUAUGACUCACCACUAAGGAUAAAUUUUGAUGUCACAAAGCCUAAGCUAUGGAAAUCUUUUUUUUCAAGAAGCCUUCCAUAUCCUGGCCUUUCCAGUGUUCAGCCUGAAGAGCUAAUUUAUCAACGCACAGACAAAGCAGCUGCUGCUGAGCUACAAGACAGGAUUGAAAAAAUUCUAAAAGAAAAAAUCAUGGACUGGCGGCCACGCUAUCUGACUCGGUGGAACAGGUACUGUACCUCCACUCUGCGUCACUUCCUGCCUCUUCUGGAAAGCAGUCAAGGAGAAGAUGUGGAAGAUGACCACCAAGCAGAACUACUCAAACAGCUAGGAGACUACAGGCUCUCGGGAUUUCCUCUUCACAUGCCUUAUUCUGAGGUGAAGCCUUUAAUUGAAGCCGUGUAUAGCACUGGGGUGCAUAAUAUUGAUGUUCCUAAUGUAGAAUUUGCUUUGGCUGUAUAUAUCCACCCAUAUCCCAAAAAUGUCUUGUCUGUUUGGAUCUAUGUUGCCUCCCUUGUACGCAACAGGUAAUUUUUCAUUGUAACUUUUUGCAUCAUGUAAAAUUACAAUUAGAAUAUUAAAUAUUUUUAUAUUAUUAUAUGAAAAAUAUUUUUGAAUGAUGAA